AUGAUUGACUCUAAUCCUAGCGAAGAUACUCUACUAUCGUACUAUAAUGUCAACACCCUCACACCAAGAAGCUCAAAUGAUCUAAAAUUACUGGGACAAGAUCACUUGGAUCCCGAGGAAAUCCAACAAUUGUCUCAAGACGAACAGUUCAACCUCUUGAGUGAUCUCAUCAGUACAGAAUCACAUAGUCCAUUGAACGAACAAGGAUUGUCCAAAAGUGAUGUAGAAGAUCCUCUUGUUGGAAGAGGCUCCAAUGUUUACAAGAAGUUGAUUCAGGACAAGAUCGUCAAGUCGUCCACUGAUCCUGAGUUAAACCAAUACUUAAUAUCUUCCUCCAAUUUCAACUCCAAACAGUUCUUAACGACAUUUCACUCACAAACACCUAUAGAAGAACUUGUGUCUGCCGUUGAUUUCCUCGAGCACAACAUACAAAGCCAAACAAGUGAGUUGAAGGGUGUGAUUGACGCAAACUUCUUAAAAUUCAUCAAUUGUAAAAAGUCAAUUGAUGAAGUCUUGAUCGAAUUCAAGAAUCAGCGUUCUAAGUUGCAAAAGGAAAGAGAAAGUUCGAAGGUUUUUAAUCCUAAGAGACACCAACAAUUGACUAAAUCUAAGAUGAAUUCUUUAUCGUCAAUAUUGGAGGACUCGAUUAACAAUCUUAACACCACGUCCUCUUUGAUGAUAAGACCGAUAAUGGAAAACAAAUUAAAGGAAAACAAGGUCCAUAAAUUGAUCGAGUUUAUCAAGUCACACCAGAGCUUUUUUGACUUGCCUAGUAAAUUGUGUAUUUACAUCUCAAAUCAUUCUCACGAUUUGUUUAUUGAAGACUAUAAUUCCUUCUUGAAUGAGAAAGAACUGUUCUUAAAAUAUCAGAAAAAUAAAUACAACCGUGAAAUGGCGAAGUUUGAACAGCAAAAGGAUGAUAAGGCAAUAGAGGCAUUGAAGCAAGAUCAAUUGUUGAUCAAUACAUCGUUACUAAAGGUUUUCAAUGAAGUUGAUAAUAUUGUCGAUCAAUAUAAAAAGAAGAUAUUCAAAGAAUUGUUAAGUUUGGACUAUGAGGUAAGCGAAAAGCCACAAUACAAAGAUAACAACAAUACCAACAGCAAGUUCCUUUCAUUGAUAGACAAGUUAUAUCAAUUGGAUAUUCACAACACCCAAGAAAACCCCAUUUACGAUUUCUUAAUGAAUCAAUUAAACAACAUUGAUGAAGAGUUGGAAUACCAAAUCUCAAAAUUUGAUAACAAGUUCGGAAUGAUGCAAAAGAAGUUGAAUGACUACAUUAAGUCUUUGCCUGAUAGUAGAAGAAAUGGAUCACACAUUAAAUAUAUUGCAGACAAGUACAACGAUAUCGAGAGCUACUUGGCUACGUCUUCAAAUGAUUCUCCAGAUACUUCAGGGACCGACCUUGUUCUGAUUUUCCAGAGUAGUGAAAAUUUGGACCUUUCUAUCAUCAACGAAACAUGGUUGAUUUUGAAUAACUUUAUUAACUAUCUAAAUGGUUUAUUCAUCAAGAACUUAAAAAAGUUCACAAAUAACUAUAAGCAUUACAAAUCAUCCGAAAUUGAUGUCGAUGGGAAGAUAAAAGAAAAAUUUGAUGGACUAGUGGAGAAAGUAAAUGUAAUUUUGGUGACAUUGUUCGAGGAUGAAGAGGGUAACAAUAAUCAAUUAGAAUCAUCGCCUAGUAAUUACAAACAAUUUUUGCCAAACUUCACCAAUUCUUUAUCUGCUAUGCACUAUUUGGGUGGAAUUAAUAAAAGGUUGAAUGAGUUUUUGACGCAUUUGGGAGAUUACGCCAGCACAAUAGGAAAUGUCAGUGCUAGUUCUGAUACAAAUAAGGUCAUCAAGAACUUGAGAAAUUGCUCUUUAAAAAUUAACCAAAAAAUUCUAGAAGCAAUUUGUGCAGUUUGGGUAAACGAUUGCUCUCAAUUUUAUGAUUUAGAGAGCUGGGAAAUCAGAAGCAACGUUUCUUCUAGUGCCAAUAUAGGAGCAGAUCCGGAUGCAUUUGCCGAUGGAUCUUUCACGAAACUUAUGAAUAUUAUUGAGUGUUACCAAACGUAUAUUUUAUUGAAGCUCAAACUGCUAAUUACGAAUAAAGAAAAUUAUGAAUCUGAUUGCAGAAUCGUGGCAGCUUAUCCAAGCAAAAGGAUAUUGGUUAGCAUUGAAAUUCAAUUCAUGAGAAGUCUUAAUAUUAUAAUUGAUUCUAUUAUGAAAAGGUACAGUAUAGAAAGAAAUCAAGAGGAUAAUACCGAGGGUACAUUCAAGGUAUUAACCAUGAACAAUUUUGAUAAGUUAUCAAGAGCAAUUUAUCCACGGUUGAUCAAAAGAUUUGAUAGAUUAUUUGAAAAAGGUCUUCUGAGUCAGAAUUUGAAAUUAUUCGCUGACAUAGAUAAGGCUUCCUUAACAAUUUUCGAUGACAUCUUGAAUAAAGAAAAAAUUUGGUUGACCAUUAAGGUUAACAAUUACUUUAAUGCCAGUCGUGAAAGUAAACCCAAAAUACUAAAAGUAGAUGGGUUUAUUUACGAGAUUUUAAUUCACUUUGUUAAAUUGGUUCAUAAAGUGAAGCCUAUAACAGGAGCUGAGAUCUUCAUCAGUAUUGUUAACGAACUUCAAAUGCAUUUGAUCAAGAAUGUGCUAGACAAUUUGAGAAAUGCGAACAAUCUAACUGCCGUCGAUUUGGUUAAUUUGAAGCUUGAUGUUAAUUUUUUCAUGGAAGUUUUUGAAAUCUCGAAUACAUUGAAAUUCAAUGAUCAAACAUUCAAGUUAUUAGAAAUCUUGUUGAAUACCAUAGAGGAGAAGUUUAACGGAGAUGGAGGUUACUCAAAACUGAAGUUUAAAGGGAUCUUGGAAAGGAACUUACAGGAUUCGCAGAGUCAGUUCGGGUGCUUUUAA